AAUGACCCGUCAUGCCCGCAACUGCACUGCCGGUGCCGUCUACACCUAUAAUGAAAAGAAAAAAGAUGCUGCCGAAUCGGGCUAUGGAACAAAUGCUCAACGUUUGGGCAAAGAUUCUGUGAAAUCAUUUGAUUGUUGUUCCCUCACACUGCAACCCUGCCGCAAUCCUGUAGUGACCAAAGAUGGCUACCUCUUCGAUAAGGAGGCCAUUCUACAAUAUAUUAUUACCAAGAAAAAUGAAUAUAGCCGUAAAUUGAAAGAAUACGAACGUCUUAAGAAGCAAGAAGAAAAUGAACAGACACAGGCUGCAAAUCGUCAACAGGCCACAGCUGUUGAGGCAUUUGUGAAAUCGGGUAAACCCGUUAAUGGCACUGUGGAUAUGCCAGGCACUUCCAAGGAUGCUGCAAAGCGGGAGGAAAGUUCCAUUUCGAAUAUGGCAAAUGGUCAUGAAAAGAAAUUGCCAAGUUUUUGGUUACCCUCAGAGUGUCCAAAUGCUGGGAGGGCGAAAAUUGAAAAACCCGAUCCCACCAUUUAUUGUCCCGUGUCGCAGAAACCAUUAAAGGCAAAGGAUUUAAUAGAUGUGAAAUUUACUUUACUCAAAGAUGGAGAUCGUAGUAAAUCAUUGAUUGCCAAGGAGGCAAGGUAUAUGUGUCCCGUAACACAUGAUGUACUGAGUAAUGCCAUACCGUGUGCCGUGCUGAGACCAACCGGCGAUGUGGUCACCAUGGAAUGUGUGGAAAAAUUAAUCAAAAAGGACAUGAUCCACCCUUUAACUAGUCAAAAACUUAAGGAGAAGGAUAUUAUACCAUUACAAAGAGGUGGUACUGGCUAUGCUUACACCAAUGAGAAUUUAGAGGGCAAAGAGAAACGACCCAUGUUACAAGUAUAAUUAAUAA